AUGCGUUUCUUGUUUCUUUGUCUAUGUAUAGCCUGUAGCCAGCCCUUCGCUUCUUUACACAGUACGCAGUCACCAUCGUGUCUCCCUCACCACCCUCCUCUCACUCACUUCUCUUUUUUUUCCUACACAGGCCGCGCCUUUCACUUCGAGCCCGCCCUCAUCUCUAACCUCAAAUCCAGUUAGGCGCGACCAUGGUCUGCCUGCGCUCCACCCUUGUCCUGGCGCUGUGCGCUAUUUCCGCCAGCGCCGCCCCGAGUGCCGGCCAGCUGCUCGACAAGCGACAGGGCACGACUGCUCUGGACACGGUGACGUGCGGAAGCAACAGCUACUCGCGCACCCAAAUCGAGGCCGCCACGGCCGAGGGCUGCCGCCUCAACGCCGCCGGCCAGACGCUGGGAAACAACCGCUAUCCGCACACGUUCAACAACCGCGAGAAACUGGUCUUCGCCGCGGGCGGGCCUUUCCAGGAGUUCCCGAUCUUGUCCAACGGCCAAAACUUCACCGGGCGAUCCCCUGGACCCGACCGCGUGGUUUUCAACCCCAACAUCGGAGGAAAGUGUACCUAUGUUGGAUCCAUGACACACACCGGUGCCUCCGGCAACGGAUUUCUUUUGUGCACGACCAAGCAGUCUCGGUCGCAAACCCAGUCCGACAAGUCGGCCGCCUCGUCGCUAGGCGGCACCCUGGGAAAAGGCACUGCGGCUACGGUUCUGUCGAUGCUCAUCAAUGCUCGCCUGUAAGGGUCGAUUCACGACUUUGAGCGGCUCGCUCGGUGCUUGUGCAGCCUACAAUUCAGUGCGCGCGGGGACUAGGAACAAAUGCCGCCGUGUUAUGUUAUUUCAUCUAGGGCCUGUCCUUUCUUUUUCUCUGCCCAUAUUUCAGCAUUGAUUGAGCUGAUUCGUCCCCGUCUUGUCAAUACGACGCACCUGAAUUCAGGGGCGGCCGAUCUGCAUCUCCAUCUCCUGUUUAUUUGCUAGUCGGCCGACACUAUGCUGGCCAUGCCCCACAACGUCGCUACUUGUUCAACUACUGUCGGGACUCCAACGCCAUCUUAGGGGUUUACACAUAUUCAGGACACAGCAGGCAUCUUGGACAAGUUCAAGCUGUCACUUCGGCAUUU